UUAGCGCGUCUUACUUGACCUAUCCGGCUCCAUCCGAACUUUAGUUAUGCCGUGGGGUUCGGGGCCAAGGCUCGUGGUUGCGGCGGCCGCUUUUGGCUCCCAGGGCUGCGGAAUGGGAACGCAAGGUGGGCCCGCUAGUUGUGGACGCCGGAAGGCGGGGAAGGCCGGACGGGUCCCUGAGCUCCGGAGCUGUGCAGGCCUCCUCGGAGGGUCUCGAGGCAGAAGUGGAGCAAAAGAAGAAGCGGACCUUCCGCAAGUUCACCUACCGUGGCGUGGAUCUCGACCAGUUGCUGGAUAUGUCCUAAGGUUCAUCCCAAUUAUGGGGAAGGAGGCAUCUGUGGCUAUGGAGGGAGUCUCGGGCCACCCACACUGCCUGUGCUGUCCCCCCAGUGAGCAGCUGAUGCAGCUUUACAGUGCUCGCCAGCGGCGGCGGCUGAACAGAGGCUUGCGCCGCAAGCAGCACUCACUGCUGAAGCGCUUGCGUAAGGCCAAGAAGGAGGCACCACCCAUGGAGAAGCCAGAGGUGGUGAAGACACACCUGCGGGACAUGAUCAUCCUACCUGAAAUGGUGGGCAGCAUGGUGGGUGUCUACAAUGGCAAGACCUUCAACCAGGUGGAGAUUAAGCCUGAGAUGAUCGGUCACUACCUAGGGGAGUUCUCCAUCACCUACAAGCCUGUGAAGCAUGGCCGUCCUGGCAUUGGGGCCACCCACUCCUCCCGCUUCAUCCCUCUCAAGUAGGCUGCCCAGCCAAUAAAGAUACUUCUCCAGUUCUCAAGUGUACAUACCU